UUCGAAUAAAAUACUUUACUGAUGUUACAUACGCGAGUAACGUUAUACAUUUGUUUGCCUUCAUAAAUGUUAAUAUUAGAUGAAUUGAUCCCAGCAUCCUGUACAUAGAGUUUUAAUCAGUUUCUGCUUCGUUCGUAUAGCAAUCAUCGACAGUAAGCACGAACACCAGUUGUUGGUGAUCUGCUGAGCAAUCUGUUGGAUGUGUGUGAAAUAGUUUAAUAUAUAAAGAUCAUGAAGGCAAUAGUUUUAUUACUGGUUUGCUGUAUUAACUUUUCUGUAAACUUGGAGGUUAACGAAACCUGUACUACCCCAUGUAACUCGCCUGGUAUAUGCAUUCCAGUUCGAAACUGCAAAUAUGCUAUCAAACUUCUUAGAAACCCUGCAGCGACCUACAAAGAAUCACAAUACUUAGAUAAGAGCAGAUGUGGUAAGCUGUCAGGGCCUCGAGAAAUUCCAUUGGUAUGCUGCCCAAGUUUACUAAAUCCAGAAGGAUGUGGGGCUCUGGAUUUUGCAAACCGUAUUAUCGGGGGAGUUGAAACUCCGCUCGGGGAGCAUCCAUGGGCAGCUCUGCUUCUUUACGAUAUUGGAAACAAUAGGAUUAUUCCUAAAUGUGGCGGUUCAUUGAUACACUCAAAGUUUGUUUUAACGGCUGCUCAUUGUAUCGUAGAUAUUCCGAAAAAAUGGACAUUGCACAGAGUACGGUUUAGCGAAUGGAAUACAUUAGAAAAAGAAAACUGUACUAUCAUAGGUACCGAUGAAGUUUGUCGACAAGAUUUUGAAGUAGAGAGCAUUACUGUUCAUCCUGAUUAUGACAUUAAAGUGAGAAACAAACAGCACGAUAUCACGAUACUUAAGCUCAAGAAAGAAGUUGCAUUUGGAAAGUACGUUAGACCUGUUUGUUUGCCAUUAGAUCUAACAAUACGAGAAUUACCUAUUGACAAAGAAGACUUCACCGUCACUGGUUGGGGUCAAACUUCUACAGAAAUUCGAAGUGCCGUGCAAUUACAUGUAGAUUUAAUAGGACGAACUAAUGAUGUUUGCGACAGAUCGUUUGCAGUAGCUAAUAUUUCGUUGACUGAAACCCAACUCUGCGUAGGAGGCGAUAAAGGAAAAGACUCAUGUAAAGGAGAUUCUGGGGGACCGUUACUUAGGCAAGUUGGCGUCGUGUGGUAUCAAAUUGGUAUAGUAAGUUUUGGAUCUCGAAUCUGCGGCUCGGAAAACUAUCCUGGAAUUUACACUAACGUGGAGAAAUAUAUCGAAUGGAUACAAGAAAUUGUAGAUGAGAGCCAUUGCAGAGCGAAGUCUGGUGAGCUUUAGUCAGCUCAAUUUCCAUUGAAAGGGUUUUUGAAAAGAUACGAACAUCGUGUUAAUAAGUAUGUAAUCCUAUACCGUUGCUGAACAUAGACUAUAAAACAGUUAAACCUAUGAUGUAAUUCAGGAUCUAAUGAGGAUCUCCUCAUCAGUUGCCUCCAAAAGGUAAUUUUCUACUUAAAUUGUUAGAUUUAGCACCAGAAAAUAUUGUAUGAAAAUUCAAAAGCCUAUUACAAAAUGGUUUUUGAGGUACAGGCCCGAGAACCGACUUUUUUAUAUGUUUUUAAUGCCUUUUGUUGCAAAAAAGUAGCGGAAACGAAGCACUCUAUUCAUUGAGUUGUUUUGUAUUCAGUUUUGAACAUUUUUCGCAAAAGUGCAUGAUUAUAUACAGAAGAUUCUUCCGAUUAUGAAAAUAUUUUUCUUAUAUAUGCUAUAGGCAGAGCUAGAUUUUAAGGACCUCCACGAAAUUAAGAAAAAAAAAACUAUUCGGUUGCAUUGCGUAUAUUUUUAAUGUAAUGAUUUCGAACGCAACUGGCGAAAAGCCUUUAUCGAAGAUGAAUCUGAUUGAAAAUAGAUUUUCAAUCAACCAAUAGAUUUUCAACCAAAUUUGUCAUUUUUAUGUUGCGAGUAUAAUAUACUGGAGGAAUCGAGUGCUGAUGAUAUAAUUGAUGAGUUUUUAGCGUGAAACCUUGUAAAGAGAUGUAUUAAAAAAAAUUGACCAAUAUUUGUUAAGGACAAAUAAAGGUUUUAUAGACGUACGAUUGAAAAAA